AUGUCAAAAGUCAAGGAUGGUGAAGUGACACCAAUUGACGAUCUGCUAAUAAAAGUAAAAUUGUUCGCAGUCGGUGGAGCACUGCUGCCCGGCGCAGCUUGUUACGUUUGCAUUGUCUACACCUACGUUUUUCAGUUCCAGCGAAUACAGAAUUUCACCUCCUCUUCUUGUCCCAACAUGCACAGCAACCAUUCGCUGGUCAAGCUGCAGUUGAAUGCAAGCGGACUGCUUACGGCUCUGACUCCCGUGCGUGUAUUAGCACUAAUUAUUUAUCGAAAUUAG